UUCUUUUAUCAUUUUGACGUUAGAAUCAUAAAUUCUGAGUGAUGAUGAUGAUAUCACAAAUCACAGAGCGUAACGUCAUUUAUGGACAUUACAUCGAAUGUCAGAUGAUGCUGUACAUAUCGCACACACACACAUUUGAUUCAUUUGAUUCUGUUUUGUUUUCAUUUGUUUUUUUUUCUAAUAAUUUCAUUAUGACGCUUGUGUUUAAUUAAUUUUUAUUAUUAAUAAUUUCAAUUAAGUUAUUCACGAUUCCUUUCAUCGAUUUUUCUUGUGAUAUAUUCAAUCAUAAUGAGCAACACAUACCGUAAUCCGAAUCCUGUCAACAUAACAAAUACUAAAACAACAUCAUUUGUUAAACCACAGACAAGUUUCUAUACGUUUCAACCACGGCCACCUGUACCAUCACCAUUUCAAAAUGCUGAAUUUGAUGGAAAACGUCUACGUAAAGCGGUUGCACGUAAAACAGUUGAUUAUAAUUCCUCGAUUGUAAAAAUGUUAGAAUCACGUAUUUGGCAACGAGAUCCACGUGAUUAUCGUGCCAUACAACCCGAUGUUGCUUAUUAUACUGAGAUUGUUCCACCAAUGUAUAUGCAAAAUAAUGCAGCCAAUUGUAUAACAACAAAAUUUGUUCGUACAUCAACGAACAAAAUGCGUUGCCCAAUAUUCUGUGUAUUAUGGACACCAGAAGGUCGUCGGCUAAUAACCGGAUCAUCCAGUGGUGAAUUUACCCUUUGGAAUGGCCUAACAUUUAAUUUCGAAACUAUUCUACAGGCUCAUGAUACGACCGUCAAAGUAAUGGUAUGGUCAAGAAAUGAUUCCUGGAUGGUCACUGGCGAUCAAAAUGGCUAUGUUAAAUAUUGGCAAAGUAAUAUGAAUAAUGUGAAAAUGUUUCAAGCACAUAAGGAACCUGUUAGAGCCAUUAGUUUUUGUCCAACUGAUACAAAAUUCGCUACAUGUUCCGAUGAUGGAACCAUACGAAUAUGGGAUUUUUUUCGUUGUUUCGAAGAAAGAAUCCUACGUGGUCAUGGUGCCGAUGUUAAAGGUGUCGAUUGGCAUCCAACCAAAGCAUUGAUUGCAUCUGGUAGUAAAGAUAGCCAACAGCCAGUAAAAUUAUGGGAUCCAAAAAGUGGACAAAGUUUAGCUACAUUACAUGCACAUAAAAAUACAGUAACCGAUGUAAAAUGGAAUCAUAAUGGUAAUUGGCUUUUAACAUCAUCACGUGAUCAUCUUAUUAAAAUCUAUGAUAUUCGAAAUAUGACAAAUGAAAUGCAAACAUUUCGUGGCCAUAAAAAAGAGGUUAGCUGUCUAGCAUGGCAUCCAAUACAUGAAGGUCUAUUCGCUAGCGGUGGUUCGGAUGGUUCUAUAUUAUUCUGGCUUGUUGGAACCGAUAAAGAAAUUGGUUGCAUGGAAAAUGCACAUGAAUCAAUCGUAUGGUCAUUAAGUUGGCAUCCAUUAGGUCAUAUUCUAACUUCUGGAUCUAAUGAUCAUACAUGUAAAUUUUGGACUAGAAAUCGUCCAGGCGAUAAAAUGCGUGAUCGAUAUAAUCUUAAUCUAUUACCUAAAGGUGUUGAAGAAUGUGAAGAUGGUGAUGAUCUUUCCUCAUACAUUCCGGGUAUGGGUUUUAAUGAUAUUGGUGGUUGUAAAAAUGAUGAAGAAGAAAUUGGUCCUAUAAUACCUGGUUUUGGUUUCGAACGAUCCGAUGAAUUGGAAAUGGCCACUACAGCUACAGCAACGGCAACUAUUCCAUCAAAUGAAUCAGCAUUAUCAUCAUCUCAUCAACAACCAACUACUAGUGGAACAGGAAAUGAUAAUAUCACUAGUAAUAAUCAACAAAAAUCAAAUAAAAGUCAUCAUCAUAAUCAUCAACGAACAAAGGAACGUAAACAACCAUAUUCAAAACCGAUACCGAAAAAAUUCCAACAACAAUGGAAUAAUAUGGAAAAUAUGAAAAAUAAUAAUUCCAAUUUACAUCGUAAUAAUCAUCAUCACCCUAAUCAACAACAGCAGCACCAACACCAACAACAACUGCAGAAUAAUUCUAAUGAAAAUAAUAUGGCACCAAUGACAAACACAUAUAAUCAUUUUAAUAAUAAUCAUCAUCAUCAACAACAUCAUGAUCAAUAUGGUCAGCAACAGCAACAAACUCAAUUUGAUGGCUACAAUAAUAAUAAUAAUAAUAAUCUAUAUCCGCCCGGUAAUCAUCCGGAUACAAUGUAUCAACAGCAACAACAAUCGAACAAACAAUAUGGUCAACAACAGCCACCACCACCAUCAUAUUUUAAUGGUCAUGAUCAACAACAACAGCAGCCGUUUUCAACAAAUCCGGAAGUAUAUGGUCACCAUCAUCAUCAACAACAACAACAACAGCAGCCAUAUUAUAAUAAUUCACAACAACAGCAAAAUUGUUAUCAAAAUUUUCAACAACAGCAGCAGACGCAACCGAUGCCACCUCCACAACAACAAACUUACCAUAACCAUCAAACUGGAUUUUCAUCCUGA